AUGUUCCCACCCGACAAGAGCAGAAAGGAGAAGAAGCCAAACCCGUUCAUCUGCCAUAGAAGAUUAGGAAUUUACAAGAAAAAAAUUUACCGGCGAAGGCACCAGUUGAUUUACGUGUCCUUGUCUGGCCGUAUUUACACCAACGCGAACUACAAAGACGCCGUGCAACUGGACAACCGCAUCCUCAGCGAGCUGAACAUAUCAAAGACAGGCGCCAAGUCGAGCAUACCCGACGUGAAUCUCCUGUACAGUAGCGUCAAUGAGCUGAUGAACCUCGGCGCGGAUGCCCAUUUGGAUGAAAAGACGUUCGAGUAUUAUUGCAUCCCGCAAUCCAUCAUAAGCGAGUACAACCGGCUAGGCAUCUACGAGCUGUACAAGGAGCAGGCGGACUGCUUGAGGAACAUCCUUGAGAACGAGCAAGUCGAAAAGAAUGUGCAAAGUAAGGUAGAGGACAGAACGCCGGAGGAAAGAACCCCUGAGAAAAAACAUUCCCAAAACGUAGACUCCUUUUUCAACGCGGAAUUCUUCACCCCCCUGGAGGAAUUGAAACACAAGGAUGAAGAAAAAAGAGGGCGCGAGGUACCCCCACAGAGGGGGCCAACGGAUGGACGAGGACUAUCCCCACAGAGGGGGCCAACGAAUGGACCAGGACUAUCCCCACAGAGGGGGCCAGCGAAUGGACCAGGACUAUCCCCACAGAGGAGACCAACAAACGCGCACCCCUGUGACGACAAAUGGGACACACUAUACGAGAACAAUGACACAAGGAACAACUUUUUCUACAAAAAUUUCCUGUUCAACAUCCCAACAGGAAUGGGAAAGACCAUAAUAUACGACAUUUUAAUCAUACGAUUGGUCCUUUACAAGGGGUACAGAGCUAUAGUAACCCUCCCCACGGUGUCACUCAUUAAUGAAAAAAAUGAUUACUACGAGAAGCUGCUCGGAGAAAACACCGUGUCGUUAAAUAUAAAAAAAUUUAACAGCUCCAAUUUUACUGGGUACUCAUACAGCCUAUCCACCGACAUUGCCCUCUGCACGUAUGAACAGGCCAACAUCAUACUCAACAUUAUUAUAAAAAAUAACUUAAAGUGCAAUUAUAUUUUCAUCAUUGACGAAAUUCACUACAUUAAUGAUAUGCAGAGGGGGGUUUUCAUCGAGUCUUUGCUCACGAAAAUUAAGUACAUCCAGCGGAACUGCGAGAGUGUCUUUAACAUCCGGGCUUAUGGCUUUUCCGCGACGUUGUCGAAUGUGGACCAGAUCGGCGAAUGGCUGGACGCCAAGGUGCACGUGAGCAAGGAGAAGCUGCAGAAGAUAAAGUACCUGUACAAGAUAGAGAGCGCGAUAUACAAAGACAUACACAAGAAGGAGCUGGAGAGGACGCUGGGAGCGCCGUUCUACCUGGACCCGGACCAUCUGGUGUACCUGCUGAGCGAGGAACUCAUUCUGCAGAGAAACGUUCUGAUCUUUUGCCCAACGAAGAAGAAAAGCGAACAGGUGGCGCAUUUUAUAAGCAACAUUAUGCCAUACUAUUUGAAAAACAGGAAUUACAAGGUGAAUAGGGAGGUGGCUGAAAGGAGGGAGAAGCUUGUGAGCGAACUGAAGGAGCUGAGCGUAAAGAUUCCGGACGUGGAUAAGUUAAUCCUCAAUGGGAUAUUCUUUCACCACUCGGAGCUGGAGAAGAACGAGAAAGGAAUAGUGGAAGGUGCGUUUAGGAGCAAGACCCUUUUCUGCCUGUGCUGCACGACGACCCUGUCCGUGGGGGUGAACUUGAACGUGCACACGAUAAUAAUCCGUAGCAUACGGCUGGGCACAGCGUUCCUGACGAAGGAGCAGAUCGUGCAGAUAGCGGGGCGUUGCGGCCGCGUGAAGAAGGCGCACGCGGGGAGGGGCCCCGCUGGGGCGGUAGGCGGUCCGAGCAGCGCGGCCGCCGCGUGCACCCCCGUGAGGGACUACGACCUGGACUGCGACGGGAAGGUCCUGAUCUUCCUCACGCCGUGUGAUAAGACGUACAUGGAAAAAAUCCUCAAGGAUGACGUAGACGUAUGCAAGCUGAAGACAAAGCUGCACAACUUCCAACUGUGCAAAUUCAUCCUGGAGUUCAUCGAACUGAAUCUGAUCAAGACGAAGAAGGACAUGGUAGACCUCCUCGUUCUAUACACACUCAAGUUUUUUAAAGUGGACGAAAAAGAGGAAAAGAAAAACCGCACCAGUUCCAACAGCGCGGUUAAUUGUAGAGACCUAAUCAUGCAGGAGGUAAAGCAGACCUUCCAGUAUCUCUUCGAGAAUAAACUUAUUAUCAUACCCUACGAGAAGGAGCAGUGUUACUACUACUACCUGUUUGCAAAAAUAUACAACGUCAACCUGUACAAAAUGGAACAAAUUUUCGACUUCCAUUUCCUAUGCCAAUACAUUAACAUGGAUACGCUAAUUAAAUGUAACUUACAACAAAAAAUGGACAUAUUUAAAAAAUUGCACAGGAAUUACAAACUGAAGGAAUUCAUGAAUAAAGAAAAACAGCAGUCUUUUUUCUCCCUCCCCUUUUUAACCAUUUUACUCAUUUUCAAGGAUACCCAGAUUAAUACAAAUCUGUUUCAAAAUUUAUUUGUUCAGCUGGUGAAAUAUUUAUUUCUCGUUAAUAUUAACAGCAAGCAAUUCGAUUUUUACGUAUAUGACAUCUUGCGGGAUGAUGAUGUGAUUGCCUGCACGGAGGUUUCUCCGUAUGUGCACCCCAUUUGCAAUGCGCUGGACUUCAUUUUCAACUUUUCCUUCAUUCAGUACGUGUACGUCAAAGGCUUCCCCACGGACGUCCUGUUGAUGAUUUUCGUCUUCUGCAUCAACUCAGAAAUUUCGCUCAAAAUCCACUUUGACGUGUACGAGGAGAUGCUGACAUCUAGCAGUGGCCCCGAGGGCGGGGACGUGCGCAAGAUUUUUCACUACUUCGAUCUGAGCAUGGACAAGCUGAAGCGCUUCAAGGCUAACGGGAACGACGACCUUUGCGCCCAGUGCGCCAAGGACAUUCUGCGCGGCGAGAUCAACAUCGACGAGAUCUGCGAGAACUUCGAGUGGGUCAAAAUCAAGCGCUUUUACUUUUCCCUCAUCGUGUACGACCUGUUCAGGGAGGACAUCUAUACCGUGGGGCGCAAGUACAGACUCAAAAUGAAGGAAAUAAAAAAGCUGUACGUGAAGUGCUGCCACAACCUGGCCUUCAACUGCAAAGUCUUGCGCAACUUUAAAAAUUCCUUGGACAUCUUCUGCAUCGUCCUGGAUAAUCUCCUCUUAAAAAUGAAGUCCAAAAAUUUAGCCUUCAUUUUUUAA